AUGGACUGCUUCCAUGCGGCAUCGCUCUACCAGCACGUGAAAGAACCAACGCGUAUUCGGCUAGAGCAGAGACCGUUCACCUUGGAUCUGGUCCUCACGCGACAAGAGAGUGAGAUCAGCGACCUAAGGCAUGAGGUUCCUCUCGGUAAAAGCGACCAAAAUGUAUUGUUACUGGAACCAUGCAUUGAGAAGGAAAAGCCACCCCGCAGAUGGUGCCGCAAUUUCGGGCAAAUGAACAUAGAGGACUUGAGGCGAGAUGCUCGGACCAGAGCAUGGUUCCCGCAGGGAACAGAAGCGUCCGUGGAUCAACGAUGGGAGAAAAUUCGCGACCAGCUAAUAGAGCUGACGGAGGGGCAUGCCCCCUUGCAGCCUCGGGGUGAUGCCCACAAACCGCAAUGA